AUGACGACUCCUACGAACGCAAACUUCUAUGGCCAAGACAUUCCUGGCGGAUCUUCAAACCCCGAGCAUAUGAAAACCACAAACAGACAGCAUUUGCAUUUUCCAGCACAAGAUAAACAGCAGACCAAUUUGAACCAGCAGAACCAGCAGUUGGACCAUCAACUGCAGUCUGCACAAUCGGAGGCCUUGCAAUCCCAGAAAAAUAACGGCACUCAAGUGCAACAACAACAACAACCCUCGAACAUGGAAACUCCUUUGGCAUACCAGCAAUACCCUCUAGCGGCCCAGCAAACGACAAGACCGUCCAAAAACUAUCUUUUAGAUUACUCCAAUUAUUAUGCAUUACAGCCUGGCUACCCUGCGAGCCAGAACCCAGAGUUCUUGGGCACAUCGAGCAGCUCAACAACAAACAAUGGCACCAGUGGCAACUUGUCAGAAUUCUCCAACACAGGUAGUGGUGUUGGCGGCGUUGGCAGCGUCGGAGGCAAUGGUGGCGGUAGCAGUGUUGGCGUUGGCGUGGUGAGCUACCCUCCCCAUGCUUCGUAUCCCUCAAUGCCCCAUCAGCAAGAUUUUAUGGGCAAUAACUUGACCAAUUUCAUGCUCGGGCACCAGCAGCCGCCUCAACACCAGCUGCAGUUGUAUUCGAAAGUUGGAAAUCUGACUGUGCUUUCGCAACCUCAACAGCACAAUGACAAUGGAGAGAAUCCAAUUCCAGAGCAACAACAACAGCAGCAGCAGCAGCAGCAACAUCAACAGCAGCAGCAGCAACAACAGCAACAUCAACAGCAGCAACAAAUGUUAGUUCAAGCUUUUGGAAGUCCCAGUGCCAUGUUGUACUCCCACUCCACGGUUUCACCAUAUCCGAUGCCCUAUUCUUCGCCCAUGGGAACAAACCCAGGUGCAGUUUCUCAUCCAAACUAUUCAACGUCUAGGCAGACGCAGCACCAGCAUUCAAUGAAGAGCCUGAAACAAGCACAAGUUGCAUUCCCGCUACGGAACCCGCUGAUCUCGUCGACUUUGACAAACAAGUCAAGAACCUCCUCGACAUUUUCUAACAAGGACCGGCAAUCGCGGGCCACGUCAAUCAGCAGCAGCAUACCCCGGGCCGAAUACCCGGAAAUGGUGGUGAGACCAAAAGUGGCCACGACCCGAUGGGAUGACGAAAACACGAAUUGCUACCAAGUCAGGGCCAAAAACAUACUAGUCUCGCGCAGGGAAGAUAACAAUUAUAUCAACUGCACCAAGCUUUUGAAUGUGGUUGGGAUGACCAGAGGCAAGCGAGACGGUAUAUUGAAAACGGAAAAGGUCAAGAAUGUUGUUAAAGUGGGGUCGAUGAACUUGAAAGGUGUGUGGAUUCCAUUUGACAGAGCAUAUGAAAUUGCUCGGAACGAAGGGGUGGAUGGAAUCUUGUACCCUUUGUUUGUAAAGAACAUUAAAGAGUAUUUCUUGACUAAAGGCCAUAAAUUAAAGAGCGAGGAUGAUUUGGAAGAAGAAGAGCAGGCCAAGAAUGCCAAGGAGCAGAAUAGCAAUUUCAAAAUACUACAAGAAGCAGGCCCAUCUUAUGAAAAGGGCGAAGAAGACUGCGCUUCCAAUGGCUUGUCCACGUCGUUGGGGUCGCUGGAGGCCAAGUACAGAAACGACUAUUUUGACCGGGCGUUACAAUCUUCAGGUCUUAAAGAUGAGGAAAUAUACGGGGAUUCGCUGCAACAACCAUCACUUCGUGUCCCAAAGACACUUUGA